GGAGCGCGGACGUCGUAGCCGAGCAUUAGCCGCGCCCGUACCGCCUUUUAUGGUGAGUGGGUCAAUGGGCAGAAAGCGGAUUCAAAAGUUCUUUGAACCAAGAGAAGCUGCCCUGGAAGCUUGUUGCGCUCGCCCGCGAAAGAGAGUGUCGUCGCUUCGCUGCAACGGAGCCGCUGACAUCAACCUACCCGCGACGCAUCACCCUCAAACGGCACUUAUACCCUUUUUUUUUUCCGAGUCCCAUCUCACCAAAUCCAUCCAAAAAUGUUCGGACUCGGCAGGCCGCAGCCCACUUCGGCCGAGAAGAUUGCUGCCGUUGAGAACGAGCUCAAGGUUGUCGCCGAGAUGCACUCUCGCAUGGUCAAGAUCUGCACCCUCAAGUGCAUCGACAAGACGUACCGCGAAGGCGACCUCAGCAAGGGCGAGUCCGUCUGCCUUGACCGCUGCGCCGCCAAGUUCUUCGAGACGCACCAGAAGAUCUCGGACCAGCUGCAGAAGGAGACCCAGGCCCGUGGUGGAGGUGGCUUCGGCAUGUAAAAGACAAAGUGUGUUGUUAGGAUAAAAGGAACGGAACAAAAUCAAACAAAGUUAUACCCACCCGCAACGAUCCAGUUCCUCCUCAGAACUUGGCAGAGAAGGAGAAGAAGAAGAAGAGGCAAGGGAAGGAGGAGGAGGAGGAUAUGAAUGAGGUGAUGGGUUUGGGAGGAAGUGGGCGCAGCACUUGUGAGGGAGUGUCGAAAGACUGCGCCCCGUGUAUUAUACAGCUCAACACUAUUGGGAUUGGGACUACUUUGGAAAUGGAGGAGUGUGGAUAGGGAACAACGUACAUCUGUGGCGACUGUCAACUGUUGACAAAACACUCCAUAUAGGGGACAUGUUUCGGAUACCCUAGACAUCGUGACCCCACAUGUGGCCACCCCCCUCAAUGAGCCACAUGUAACAUCAUGACCAUGACCCAGAUGACAUUGAAAAUUGGCCACUUUUGCAGGGAUUUUAAC